AUGCUGUAUCCUCAUCAUCAUGCCUUGAUGUUCUUCAUCAUCCUCCUUUUCUCCUCCCUAAAUUAUUCACAAUCUUUAACCACUCAUGGUGAUGAUGAAAGGGGUAUUUUACUUCGCCUAAAACAACACUACUGGGGAAAUCCAUCUUCACUUGAGCAGUGGAACUCCACUUCCUCCCCAUGUGACUGGCCUGGAAUUUCAUGCAACUUCAAUGCAAGUGUCACACGGAUAUCUCUCACUGGAAUGAACAUCCGAGGAUCAUUCCCGGCCUCAACUAUUAUAUGCCAGCUCAACAAACUUGUUUCAAUCAAUUUCAGUAACAAUAGUCUCUUUGGAACUAUACCAGCUAACCUCUCCAGCUGCUCAAAGCUUGAAGAGUUGGAUCUAUCUGCAAAUUAUUUGUCAGGAAAUAUACCAGGAGAUUUAUGUACAACUCUUGUGGAAUUGGACUUGUCUUCCAACGGAUUAGUAGGUGCGGUUCCUGAGACCCUUGGUGAUUGCUCAACCUUGGAACUUCUAGAUCUAUCCAACAAUAGAUUCUCUGGUAAGUUGCCUGUUGAAACCCUACUAAAUUUGACUAGCUUGAAGAUACUGGUUUUAUCAUUCAAUAAUUUCGUUGGAGGCUUGUCUGAGUCAUUGUCUAGCAUGGUAAACUUAGAGACCUUAGAUUUGAGUUCUAAUAACAUCUCUGGUUUGAUACCCUCUGGGAUUUGUAAAGACCCUAAGAAUAGCUUGAAAGUGUUGUACCUUCAAAAGAACCUGUUUACUGGUCCAAUACCUGAGAGUCUAAGUAACUGUUCUCAAUUGGAAUCUCUUGAUCUUAGCGUUAAUUACGUUAAUGGGAUUUUACCAUCUAGCCUCGGGUCCUUGUUGAAGCUCAAGGAUUUGAUGAUUUGGUUGAAUGAGCUUGAGGGGGAAAUCCCAUUGGAGUUGAGGUACUUGCAGUCUUUGGAAAGACUGCUUCUUGCUUUCAAUGGCUUGUCAGGGUCAAUCCCUGAAAGUCUCAGCAACUGUACUAAUUUGAAAUUCAUUUCUUUGUUGGAUAAUUUGUUGAGUGGUGCUAUACCAGCUUCAUUAGGGCUCUUGUCUAAUCUAACUAUUCUGGAGCUGGCAAAAAACUCCCUCUCUGGGAGCAUUCCUGUAGAGUUGGGGAAUUGCAGCAGCUUGUUAUGGUUGGAUAUGAACACCAAUUUCUUGAAUGGGUCUAUUCCCCCUGCUCUGUUCAAACAAUUUGGCAAUAUUGCAAUAUUACAUGUGAAGCAAUUUAGGUUUAUUUGGUAUGAUGGAAGUGAAUAUUGUCAAAGUACAAGUUUUUUCGAAUUUGAUGGGAUUACAGAGGAUCGCCUGGACAGGAUUUUAACCAGGAACCCCUGCAACGGUACUAAACAUUACAAGUACAGUGUUUCAAUACCAAUAUUUCACCACAAUGGAUCCAUGAUUUUCCUUGACCUUUCAUACAAUAAGUUGGAAGGCAGUAUUCCAAAGGAAUUAGGUUCCAUGCAGUAUCUCAAUAUUCUGAAUUUAGGGCAUAAUCAUCUCUCUGGUCCAAUACCUCAAGAACUUGGAGGCUUGGAGUAUGUUGAAAGCCUUUAUCUAUCAUACAACCGACUCAAUGGCUCAAUUCCACAAACUUUGACCAAUCUCAUAUUUCUUACGGGUAUUGAUCUGUCUAAUAACCAACUUUCUGGAGCGAUACCUUGUGCAGCUCAAUUUUUAUUAAUUCCUGAAAAAUCAUUUGCCAAUAAUUCUGGCCUUUAUGAUUGCCAUCAUCCUCAUUAUGGCCAAGAAUCAAGUCCAAGUUCAAUUUCAAAGUCUAGUAGAUCAAAGAAAAAGCAAUACAUCAUUAUAGGUUGUGGUGUAAUUGCAGGGGUACUUAUUUGGUUAGUAACUCAGUUACUCGUGAUCAGACUUGCAGGGAAAGGGAGAAUGGAAAAUGAUGGAGAAGAAUGGAGUAUGGUUUCAUUUCAAAGAUUGGGAUUCAAUAAAUGGGAUAUUUUGGGUGGUUUGACAGAUCAAAAUUUGGUUGGAAAUGGAGGGUCAGGAAAAGUAUAUAGAGUGAUCACAAAGAAAGGCAAAAAAGUUGCUGUAAAAAGUAUAAGGCAUGAACGAAACGAAGGCCACAUUUUGGAGAAGCAGUUUACAGCAGAGGUUCAGAUCCUUGGAAAAAUUUGGCACAACAACAUAGUGAAAUUGUUAUGCUGCAUCAGAGGAAAGACAACAAAGCUUAUUGUGUACGAAUACAUGGACAAAAAUUGUCUUCAUAAAUGGUUGCAUGGAAAGAAGAAAGGCUUAAGUACACAAGUCUUGCACUGGGAGACAAGGCUAAAAGUUGCCAUUGGAGCUGCACAAGGCCUCUGCUAUAUGCAUCACAAUUGCAAUCCACCCAUUGUUCAUCGAGAUAUCAAGUCCAGUAACAUACUCAUGGACUCCGACUUCAACGCCAAGAUUGCAGACUUUGGACUAGCAAAGAUGCUAGCGAGUGAAGGAGAUCCAGAAACAGCAUCCGCUAUUGUGGGAACUUUUGGUUACAUUGCCCCAGAAUACGGCAGUACAAGAAAAGUGGAUGCGAAGAGCGACAUAUACAGCUUUGGCGUAGUACUCUUAGAAUUGACAACUGGAAGAGAAGCCGUGAUUGCAAAUGAGGAUAUUAACUUGGCACAAUGGGCACACAAACACCAAAGAGAAGGAAACGCAAUUGCAGAUGCUCUAGAUGAGGAGAUGAAGGACCCAUGUUAUCUUGAGGCAAUGAUCACUGUUUUCAAAUUAGGCCUUACAUGCACUUUGAAUUCCCCAUCAAGCAGGCCGUCCAUGAAAGAUAUAUCACAGAUUCUUCAAAGAUGCAGCGAAACCAAUCAUAUGUCCCCAGGGAGCUGAUAGACAAUAUAAAUAUUUUCACUUUACUUUUGAAUGGACUUGUACCAUUACGAAAUGUUGGGUUAUUUAAUGUGACUUUUGUACCCACAGGACAAUAUUUUUACUUGUUUAUUGUUUUUCUUCUUACU